CUCAGGCUAACUUAUCAAAUUCAACUACACCCCAUUUCCGGACUUACCGCGUAUUUACCCCAUUCACAUUACCAUAGUUCUCAUUACAACAUCAUUUCCUUUCAUGAAAUAAUUAUCUUCCAUCGAAAUUUACAAUGCAAAAUAGUAAUAGAAUGAAAAUGCAAUGCCAUGAUCUUUCCAUAUAUCAUAACACCUUUUCCAAUUUCAAAUGUCUUAACAACAAUGACAAACAAACCCAUUACUCAUUUCUUCCCUUUAACGUUGUUUUACACAAAUUACCAUGUGCCUUCAACAUACAACAACAACUUCCCAUCAUACACAAUUCAAGUCAAUUUAAUCCUUUCAAGGCCACAUGUGGUAUUUUCAAAUAUAUAAAUCUCUAUUUUUCAUGAUUCACACAAUCUAUAGUACACAACAAGUUUGCUAUCCCACAACAUUAUAUCAUCAUGUAAUUAACUAUAGUCUUUGUGCAACUGUGUUGUUUGAUCCAAAAUUUUAGCUUAAUGUUGCUUUUUGUAUCAAAAGCACAAUACUUUUGGUUAGUGUUUUGCGAGAAAUUGAUUCAGAGGAGAGGUCUGCUAUGGGUUACAUUUAUGAGUUGAUGGAUUUGGCUAAAGAAAAGAUUGUUUUCAAUUAUGGAGGAAAUGUUAGGAAGAACGGACCAAUUUGGAAGAAGAUAGAUGCAAGGUGGACACCACAACUUCAUAGACCUUUACAUGCUGCUCAUUAUUAUCUAAACCCUCAGUUGCGCUAUUGAGAUAGCUUCUCCAAUGUUGAGGAGGUGAAGCAAGGAUUGUAUCAAUGCAUGGAUAGAAUGUUGAGUUACGAUGAGCGUCUCAAGGCUGAUAUCCAAUUGGACUAUUAUGACCAAGAAAAAGGGAAUUCGGAAGUCGUGUUGCAAUUGAUUCCAGAGCGAUACGCUUUCCCGAUUCAUACAAAAAAGAGGAAUAGGCUUGAGCACAAACAUUUGAAUGCUUUGGUAUAUGUGAAGUACAACACUAAACUAAGAGAGAGGAGUAUCAAAAGAAGACAAAAUAUCGAUCCAAUACUAAUUGAUGGAAUUGAUUCGGAUGAUGAAUGGAUUGCUGAAAAAGAAGGCCCUGUCCUCCCCUUUGAUGCUUCUUGGCUUGAUGAAGAAGAAUUGUUCGAUGCUGAAGCAAUUAGGAUUGUGCCUAUCACUACCUAUGAUAGAAGUGAGGAGAAUCGAUCAACUACGACAACAAUUAAUGUUGAUUCAUCUUCGAAUGCAAAGAAAAGAAAAGUUGGUAAAGGUUCAAGAAAUGAUAAAGGAAAAUGCAAGGCAGCAAGAUGCAUCCUUGUGGAUGAAGAUAUGGAGUUCAAAGAAGUUAGUGGAAUAGAUGAUGGAACAGAUGAUGGAACCUAGAUAUAGUGGACGAUGAUGAUGACAAUAUUAAUG